GGCGUGUCGCCCGACAUGAUGAAGCUGAUCAUUGAGUACGCCUACACUCGGACGGUCCCAGUCACCGUGGAGAACGUGGAGCGGCUGCUGGCCGCCGCCGACCAGUUCAACGUGCUGGGGAUCGUCCGCGCCUGCUGCGAGUUCCUGCAGGCCCAGCUCUGCCUCGAGAACUGCAUCGGCAUCUGCAAGUUUGCCGACUACUACUUCUGCCCCGACCUGCGGCACAAAGCCUACAUGUAUAUCCUGCACCACUUCGAGGAGAUCGUGAAGGUGAGCGAGGAGUUCCUGGAGCUCUCGGCCUUCGAGCUCAGAGACAUUAUCGAGAAGGACGAGUUAAACGUCAAGCAGGAAGACGUGGUCUUCGACGCCAUUCUCAAGUGGAUUGUCCAAGACCCGGACAUCAGGAAAAGGUCCAUUGUCAUACUGCUACCUAAGGUGAGACUGGCCCUCAUGAACGCCGAGUACUUCAUGAACAACGUCAAGAACAACGACUACGUGAAGGACAACGACGACUGCAAGCCGAUCAUUAUCAACGCCCUCAAGGCCAUGUACGACCUCAACAUGAACGGGCCGUCCAGCUCGGACUUCCGCAACCCGCUCACCAGGCCCCGGCUCCCCUUCUCCAUCCUCUUCGCCAUCGGCGGCUGGAGCGGCGGCAGCCCCACCAACGCCAUCGAGGCGUACGACGCCCGCGCCGACCGCUGGGUCAAUGUCACCUGCGAGGAGGAGAGCCCCCGGGCUUACCACGGCGCCGCCUACCUCAACGGCUUCGUCUACAUCAUCGGCGGCUUCGACAGCGUGGACUACUUCAACAGCGUCAAGCGCUUCGACCCGGUGAGGCGGGCGUGGCAACAGGUGGCGCCCAUGCACUCCCGGCGCUGCUAUGUCAGCGUUACCGUCCUCGACAGCUUCAUCUACGCCAUGGGCGGCUUCGACGGCUACGUGCGCCUCAACACCGCCGAGCGCUACGAGCCCGAGACCAACCAGUGGACGCUGAUCGCGCCGAUGCACGAACAGCGCAGCGACGCCAGCGCCACCAUGCUGCACGGCAAGGUCUACAUAUGUGGAGGGUUCAACGGGAACGAGUGCUUGUUUACGGCCGAGUUCUACACUCCAGAAACUAACCAAUGGACAACCGUAGCCCCCAUGAGAAGCCGGCGUAGUGGUGUUGGUGUUAUAGCUUACGGUGAAUGUGUGUACGCAGUAGGAGGUUUCGAUGGUGCUAACCGACUCCGGAGCGCUGAAGCCUACAGUCCGCUCACCAAUACGUGGCGCACGCUACCCACCAUGUUCAACCCCCGCAGCAACUUUGGCAUCGAGGUGGUGGACGACCUCCUGUUUGUCGUGGGCGGCUUCAAUGGCUUCACCACCACGUUCAACGUAGAGUGCUACGAUGAGAAGACGGAUGAGUGGUAUGAUGCCCACGACAUGAGUAUCUACCGCAGCGCCCUGAGCUGCUGCGUGGUGCCGGGCCUGCCCAACGUCAGGGAGUAUGCAGCGCCCCGAGACAAACUGCUCGGGUUAUUGUCCCGCGAGGAACAAAUAAAAUAUUCUGCUUCUACCAGUAUUUUAGCAGUAUGAUCUCUGAAAUGACAACUUGAUUACUCUUUUGCUGUUACCAAUAAAAUAUUUUCCUGAAGAAUCAACUGUGUAAUAACCAUAAAUAAAACUUAUUUUUUAAUAAAAUUUUUUUUUAGAAACUUGGUAUGACUAUAUACAGUGUUAAAUGUGAAGAAGCCGCCCAGGGAACACAGAGAGUGAACAGCAUCAGAGUUCUGAAAAUUAAAGUAUUGUUUUCAGGAUCAAUUAACAGGGCACACGUCAGGGAGAAUGAGAGAUUCCUUUCACCAUCAAUGCCUCACAAAGGAGAAGGAAAGAUGUCUUCUGCAUGCUGGAGAAGUGAUACCAUUUGUACCGUGAGUAAGGAAAGGAAAACGGAGUGUAGAGUGUUAUAGUCCAAGAGGAAGAGGUCUAAAUGAACAGGUUAAGUAUGUGACAGUAGAUAAUUAUCAGCUCUUGAUGUGGGGGGGGGGGGGUAUCGCUCAGUGGUAGAGCACUUGACUGCAGAUCCACAGGUCCCUGGUUCAAAUCUGGGUGCCCCUUUGUUUGUUCAAUGCUUUUCAGUGGCAGUGACCUGGUUUCAAUUACCCGUCGCUGUCUGUAAAGAAUUCGUACAUUCUCAGUUUCCUCCGGGUGCUCUGGUUUCCUCCCACGUUCCAAGGGCAUACAGGUUAGUAGGUUAAUUGAUCACGGGCAGUGUGGGCUCGUUGGGCUA